AUGCAUCUCUCGGCCGCCAGUCGCAAGCGCCCUGUAACAGCCUGCACAGAAUGUCGCCGCAGGAAACAAAAGUGCGACCGUUUGAGGCCGUGCAACAUGUGUACCGGAAGAGAUGUUACAGAGAAAUGUACAUAUGAUCAUUUAGAAAGCUCUGAUGAAGGAUCCACCGUCAGAGCGGAGCUACCAUCACCGCAAAGUUCACUGUCCACAGCGGAUAAUGGCCAGACUUCAACACCGUUUAUGGAACGACCAUUUCAAAAUCAAAUUGGAUAUGCUCGACCUGGCGGGGAGAACACCCUGUCAGAGUUGUAUGAACUUAUGGGAGACGAUAAAGAGCUUCAGGCUUUAAAUUCCACAAACAUCAUGCCUCUACAUCCACCAACACUGCGGCUCUUCUCAGAUCUUUGCGCAAAACUACCUCAGCAGGCAGUCACAAGAGAGCUCAUUGAGACCUUCUUCUCGGAGGCCAACUGGUAUUUCGCCGUUCUCGAAAAGCAAUACUUUGAGAAGCUUUACACUUCCUGGUAUGCUCUUAGCAACCAUCUUAUGGCAAAUGGACAACUCGGAGGCUUGCCACCCGAUCUUCUCCAUUUCCCAGCACUGAUCUUUCAGAUCCUUGCUGUUGCUUUGCAGUUCGCCCCAUUGGACAUGCCUUGCCUCCAGUCUUUAGGAGUUGACAGCUUCGCUGCGCGUGACCGUUUAUCCGGUAACUUUUCGGAGAGAGGGGUGGCGGCUCGUCGCAUUAUGGAAACAGAUGAGCCUACAUUAACUACUGUGCAGAGUAACUUGAUGAGGGCAUUAUGGCUCAAGAAUUCCAGUCGAGGAAGAGAAGCUUGGCACGUACUUGGUGCUGCAAUCAGGAUGGCUCAAGAUUUGGGACUUCACAAACAAUCCAAGAUCUUUCAAAAACCACAAUCUCCAUUGGAAGAUACACUCAGUCAACUGUGGUACGACGAGUACAAACGUAGGCUAUGGAUCAAACUAUACUGUUGGGACAGCCACAUGGCGUUCGCUUUGGGCUGGCCGCGAACUAUCAAUAGCAGUGAUUGUACGAUCAUGCCACCACUGGACCGCGAUAUACCGACAGACCCAUCGACAACAGUACCAAUGGCUCUAUUUCCGCAUGAACCGCCCUCAUCUUUCACACCCCAUCUCUUUCAGUACGCCGUCUGUCAACAGAUCCAUGAAGCAAUGUCACUAGGCGUCCACAAACGCCACCCCGAGAACUACACCUUGGUUGAGACUCUUCAUCACCGUAUCCUCUCUUUGCUGAGCGGCUUGCCGCCUGUACACAGGCCGGUGAACCCGGACAGAUCCUGGGAUUUAACCCACGUCCAUAUUCCCAAACAGCGCCAGCAAAUAGCAACUGCCGCCCACUCAUUUUUAAUGGCCCUCCAUCGACCGCAUGCGAAGAUACGCGUGGCUAGUCGCAACGCUGCUAUUGAAGCAGCCUUAUCCACAUUGGAUGCGCAAGAAUGUCUUUUUGAUCUCAUGGCCACACGGUAUUACAGUAUCUACGCACUCUCCGUCUAUACUGUUGACGCCGCUAUUUUCCUCUCCGUCACUAUACUCGAAUACCCGCCCUCGGAUCCUGGCCUAUCACAUCGAAUUCAACGUACAAUAGAGAAGGCCAUACAUCGCCUCGAAUUGGCGCAGGACAGGGUUUCUUUAGCAAAGUCGGGGUUGCUAAUUCUGAAGCUCUGCCACUUAAGAAUGCAACCCAUGACACAGUUUCAGCAGAACAUGCCCAGAACUACUGUUCAACAACCCUCACAAAUACUGGACAGCAUAUCUUCCGGAGAGACACUGAUCGAUAAUGCUUCUAGCCAUUAUUUGUUCCCAGCACCUGGCAUCAUGCCAGAAUUUGCGACCAGUGGAGUUGACAAUGCGGCUAUGUUUGACGAUAUUACGGUAUCAAAUUUUGAUAUCGAGUCGUGGGUGCAACAGAUGAACGAAAUGAACGGUCUUGUUUGA